CAUGUCAAACUACGCUACACCAUACAGGCUUUGACAGUUCACACGCACAGCGAGUUUCGACGGAAAAUACGCCGACGAUCAUCAUGUCGGAUUCGAAGAAAUCUGCGGAAGAAAACGGUGUUGUCGCCGUUGUUGCUGAAGGUGACCCACGGGAUGAAGUGUGUAGCUGGGGUUGGGUGAAGCCCAGCUGUUGUCAGCGAUUCAGAAACCCGGUCUGUGUUCUGUUUUGGCUGUGUUGUGCGGCCACCAUACAGGGAAUCAUUGUAAAUGGAAUGGUCAACUCAGUGAUAUCCAGUCUCGAAAGACGCUUUGAGAUAAGUAGCACGGAGUCCGGAAUAAUAGCCAGCUGUUAUGACAUCGGCUUUGUAUUGUUCGCCGUCCCAAUCUCCUACUUCGGUGGACACGGCAUCAAACCUCGAUAUCUCUCUUGUGGCAUGUUUUUCUUAGGACUCGGAUCCUUCCUGUUUGCACUUCCCCACUUCACGACAGGACAGUACUUACCAUCGAGCGGACUGGACAACACAUGCUUGCCUGGCGUCAACAGAACGGACCAGUGUGGUGCGAACUCUGAGAGCGGCCUCUCCCAGUACAAGUAUGUCUUCUAUCUGUCGCAGAUUCUAAACGGACUAGGGGCGGCGCCAUUAUACACACUUGGAGUUACCUACCUUGAAGAAAACUUACCGCUGCGUUCGACGUCAUUUUAUGUUGGUAUAUUCUACACGUUCGCCAUCGCCGGAUCUGCCGUGGGCUACCUGAUCGGGGGGCAGUUCCUCCAACUCUACGUUGAUAUCGGAUCCGUCGACAUAUCAAGUUUGUCUAUCGACCGGUUCAACCCUCGCUGGGUUGGGGCGUGGUGGGCUGGAUUUCUGGGAACCGGCGUCUUGUGCUUCAUUAUUGCAGCUGUCAUGGCAGGAUUCCCGAAAUCGCUUCCAGGUUCUAGUAAAUACCAAGCAGAAAAGGGAAAAGAGAUUUACGUCCGAGAAGGAUAUAAGAAGAACAUUGCGAAAAUUGGCACGAAACGUGGAUUCAAGAACCUACUACUUUCCGCAAAGCUGAUUCUGUUAAACCCAACGUUCAUCUUGUUGACCUUAGCUGCAGCUGUUGAAGAUAUUCUUGUGGGUGGAGUUGCAGCGUUUGGGCCAAAGUACAUUGAAUACCAGUUCAGGUUGACAGCCUCGACGGCUAGCCUGUAUAUGGGUUUAGCAGCUGUGAUAACGGGUGGGGGAGGGACGUUCCUCGGCGGGUACCUGGUGAAACGGUUCAGUCUGAAGAUUCGGGGUAUAUUUCGAGUGUGUAUCGUAUGCACUGUCAUAGGCGGCGUGUCCAAUGUAGCGUAUCUGAUCAACUGUGACAGUGCGCCUUUCGCAGGGGUGAACGUCAAGUACGGCGAUAUCCAGCCACUCAAUGGAGAACAGGGAGUGAUUGUUGGCAAUUUGAAUGACACGUGUAAUGCUGGUUGCGGUUGUACCCAGGAGCAAUACCACCCAGUAUGUGGUAAAGACAACAUCAUGUACUACUCCCCGUGUUAUGCAGGAUGCAGCUAUGUCGCCAAGGGAACAAAGCAGAAAUACUCCACGUGUAGCUGUAUAAACUUUACAGAAACCAAUUCAAGCGCAUUCUCUGCCGAGUUUGGAAAGUGCCAGAACUCCUGCAAAUGGCUUCCACUGUUCAUGCCGGUCUUCGCCUUCGCCAUAUUCUUCACAUUCAUGUCGGCCAUUCCGUCUCUGGCAGCAACAUUACGGUGUCUGCCAGAAGCACAGCGGUCUCUUGCACUGGGCAUCCAGUGGGUCAUCGCCAGACUCAUAGGUUCGAUCCCAUCACCUAUCUUCUUUGGCAAGAUCAUCGAUCUGACGUGCAAACUGUGGCAGACGCGAUGCGACCAGCGAGGAUCGUGUUUUUUCUACGACAACAAUCGCAUGAGUUACUCUUUUUUCGCUCUCAGCGUCGCGCUCAAAUGUUCAGCGUUCCUGUUUUUCCUACUGUCUGCAGUUUUCUAUCGCAGCUCACCGGAAGUCGAGGAUAUCAGCCUGACGUGCCCUGCGCCUACCGGAAGUCAAGACACGAUCAACACGCACGUGUCUGAUACGCCGGAAGUGGUUAAUCAAGACCGAAUUUAAAAUUGAAUCUGGAGGAGUAAAAACGUUCAGUUUUAAACUCCGGAACUAUAGAAUAUCCAGAAGUGGAGGAGCUAACAGAUUGUGCAGUAUACUUAUACACAAACAAUUUGCUGUGCUUGUGUAUGUAUAUGCGUGUGUGUGUAUGUGUGUGUGUUUGUGUGUGUCUGCCGUGGUAUGUGCUAUCCUGUCUAUGGGAUGGUGCAUAUAAAAGAUCCCUUGCUGCUAAUCGAAAAAGAGUA